AUGGCAAGAGAGACCACCAAAACCGACUCUGAAAAUCGUAUCCGUACAACAGCCCUUCGCCAUGCUAAGGAGAUCGAAGAGAGAAAGGAAUUACAGAGUCGAAUCGCCGACUUCGUAGUUGAAGCCUUUGAUUUGCCAUCGAGACCAGACGCUAACCCAGCACAUCCACAACCUUCCGACGCUGCUUUCUUCAAACAGUGCUUAGGGCUGUUCCAAGCAUCGGACCUGGAUGAUCUGAUAUACGAACGAAAUGUAGACAAUCGAUGUGGCUACGCUCUUUGUCCAAGGCCAAAUCAAAAAUUGGUACACAACGGCAAGAAAGUCUGGAACAAGAAAGGAGGUCGGGAUUUCAAACUCGUUGAUAAGGCUGAACUGGAGAAGUGGUGCUCCACCGCUUGUCAAGAGAGGACCAGUUUUGUUCGAGCUCAACUUGGAACGGAACCAGCUUGGCUUCGAGAAGGACAGACACUCGACAUCAAAUUGCUUGAUGAAGUUGGAACAAAUAAUUUCGUUGACUCUUUCAAGAUGCUGUCCAUUUCCAAAGCAGAUGAUGAAGAGACGGCCGAAAGAUUACAUGCGCUUGCGCUCGAGCGUGGAGAACUCAAAGUCAACAAUGACACUGGUCCCGUCUCUGUUGUGGAGAAGACGAGCGAUCAAUUCCCACAGCCCCCUGGUAUGAAUGAACAACAACAAGGGGUAAUUGAAGGGCACCAACCGCGAAAGAUCCGCUUUUCUGCGGUAUGA